UAUAAAUAUUUUUAUCAUACAACUCAUAAAAACAGAUUAUGAAUGGAAGGAUUUUAUUUUCUGUAUGUGGCAAUUUAUUCUAUGAAUGACACAUUUUUCUCGAUCGUAUCUACGAGAAAAUAAAUUUCGAUAAUGGUGGAUCGUUUAGUGAACAGUGAGGCCAAUGCUAGAAGGAUUGCUAUGGUUGAGAGCUGCUUCGGCAGUUCUGGACAGCCAUUGGCAGAACAAGGCAGGGUCCUUGUGGGAGAGGGUGUCCUGACAAAAAUGUGUCGCAAGAAACCAAAAGCUAGACAAUUCUUUUUGUUUAACGACAUCCUCGUGUAUGGAAACAUUGUUAUAAACAAGAAAAAAUAUAACAAACAACAUGUUAUACCACUUGAGGAAGUUAAGUUGGAGUCUUUGAAGGAUGAAGGACAAUACCGUAACGGCUGGUUAAUCCGUACCGCUUCCAAAUCCUUCGCGGUGUACGCCGCCACAGCGACCGAGAAAGAAGAAUGGAUGGCUCACAUAGAAAAAUGUAUAGAAGACUUGCUAAGGAAAAGUGGCAAACAACCUCCAUCAGAGCACGCAGCUGUGUGGGUGCCAGACAACGAGGCGUCAAUCUGUAUGCACUGCAAGAAGACACAGUUCACUGUACUCAAUAGGAGGCAUCACUGCCGCAAAUGCGGGUCAGUAGUGUGCGGGCCGUGCUCGUCAAAGCGCUACAUCCUGCGCGGACAGAGCGACAAGCCGCUGCGCGUGUGCCUGCAGUGCUUCGACGAGCUCAACCGCGAGCGAGCCCGCCCGCCCGCGCAGCCGCCCACCGCUAACAUCACACCAGUGAAAGACACGGCGGGUUCGGGCGGCGACUCGUCAGCCGAUGAAGACAGUGACGACGAUGAUGACCGCGUCACCGCUGAGGAGAAACACGACGAGGGUUUUACAAGUUAUAACGGUGUCAAAAAUGGAUACGGAAAUAAAGUCACCACAGUAUAAUAGAAAAUGAAAUUGUCCAAAGUUCUACGGUGACAGUGAUAAGACUGAAGAGACCAACAAUCAUUCGUCCAAGGAUUCCGCUAAGUGAAAAUCAGAUUCAAGAGACCACUGUCCAUCACAGGUUUAGACAGUAAACUUAUAGUUCGCGCCAAACUUAUGGCGGCUCGGAACAUCGUGCAAGUUACUGUGCAAGAAACCACUUUGAAGUGACAGCCGGAAUCUAUGCUCCGAAGUUAGUUACAAUCCGCCAAGAAGUUUGUCGCGAACUAUACAUACAAUAUAUUAAUAUUAAAGUAAUAUUAUGAGUCUUAAUAAUAUUACGCCCAUUUCAAAGACUGGUCUGUGUGCAUUCAGUCCCAAAUAAACGUCCUUUGUAUAACCUGUUAUUUUAUCUUCACUUGUUAACGGGAACAAUUUAUAAUAGACUUGAAUCUGUGAUCUUUUAUACAAUUUCUUCUGAAUUGAAUAACUUGCAGCCCGUUACAUGUAAUUAAACUCUGCAUAGAUGUAUUUCAAAACCAGAUAAUAUCCGAUACAUAAUUUUACUAUCAGGAAUAGUCGAAAUCUUUGUAAAUAUGUCUUAAACCGAUAAAAUCUCCAGUACAACGGACCACUGUAUGAAAUAAGUACUCAAACCUGUACACCUAUUUGUCUAACACCACAGUCAAGAGUUCCAAAAACAAUAUUUUUGUUCAAACUAUGGACGGUCUCCGAUUUUACCACAAUGGCCUUCGAAUUUUUUUACAUAUAGGAAAGAAAUUGGUAGAUAAAAUCCUUUAUAGUGGAUUACUUUAGGAAAUGGUAAAACUUUUAUACAAAAAUGGCUGACCCGUGGUCGCCGGAAUAUGAUUUUGAUAACGAAUAAAAUUGCUAGAUGUUUCGCUGGACUUUAAACAGCUUUAAACCGCUCAAAAGUAAACUGAGAUGGAGUUUUUUUGUUUAGGAUUAAAUCAUAUUUAUUAUUUGAUAGUAAGACAUCAUGGUUAUAAGACGUUUUUAACAAUAUUUUAGGCUUAGUCAUGUUAUGUCAACAUAUUAAUAUUUUACAUAUGUUAUGUUAAGCUUAUUUUAUUGUAAACUUUAUUAUAUAGAACUAUUAUUGCUUUUUCGAAAGUCCCCGUCUUUUAAUGAAGGAGGCAAGUCUGAAAUUAAAUUGUAUAGUUUUUCUAACAGAUUUACAUAGAAACUGGUGCUUACAAAUUCAUAUAACUUAGCAUUAUGAUACUUUCACUACGACAUAUAAACUUUUCAAACUGCCUACCCCAUCAUGAGCUUACAGCAGACUUGCCUCCCUUUUUAAAUUGACGGCAGAAGUUGGAUAUGUUUAAUAUCAAGCAUUGUAAUACUUUAGCCGCACCUUGGAAAUGUAAUAUGGUACAAAUUAUUUCGUAUUUUGUCUCCAUAACACCAUUUUGUUAACAUCUGCAUUUCCUUCAAUACAUAAUAAAAUGUGCUUGCUCGUGCGCUACACAUUCCACGGUGUGAGAGAGAUGAACUUCAAAAACGGUCUAAAUUAAUUUAUUUUUCUACUAAUGGGGAAUUGGGAAAAUUUUAAAUUUAUUUUUAAUAGUAUCUACUUUGCAGCAUAAAUGUGUUGUACGUGAGCGUACAGAUUAAAAGACAACUUCUUGAAAACAACUAUUGAAUCCACUAUGUGAUGUCCACGUAUACUAAGAAUGUUCAAUUACACAUUUGCUGCUAUUACAUUUCUAAGUAGCAUCACAUUUCAUAAAUAAAUUGUAUACAAUCCAAACUAAUUUUAGAUUUGUAUGUAUAUUAGAGUUUUAGAUAAUAAGAGGUGCAUUAAGUUUGUUUCCUUGAAACACGGUUUUUAAGUUUAGGAAUUUAUACGAAGCUUGCAACACCAUCUAUAAUGCAAGACAAUUCGUAAAGAAAUUAUUUAUUAAUUUAACAUAGGCCUAAAUGUUAAAGAUUUACACAAGUUGUGUUAAUUCCCGUAAUACUGGUAAGUGAAAAAUUAUGUUGAUAAGAUAUUGUUUAAUUUUCAGUUGACAAAUAUAAUAUUUUUUAAAA